CCCAAGGUUGGCAUCAAAGUCUAGUCCGUUCAACAAACUUAACGUCUUGGAUUGGAUUCCCUCCGUUCCGGCUUUCCUCAUCCAAAGGCUAUAUUCUUCACUGCGAUUCCACGCCAUGUUAAUGACAUUGACUUGUUGGUACGUUGAUUUUUCGCUCUACCAGAAAGGGAAAGCCUCGCUUAACCCCGGUUAAUCACGUUCGGACGCGUUUCGCAUUUGAAAAUUAGAUGAUGACGUGGUCAAUCUCUGUUGGGUCGUGGCGUUAAUGCAGAUACGAGUGGCUGUGUGCAGGCGGCGCCUAAGGUCUUCGAGGUCCAACUCCAUCGCGAAAGCGAAAGGUAGAAAGGAAGAUUCUCAUGCCAAAACAACGCGAGCUCGAUUGUAAUUAGGCUUUCACCCUCUAGGUUACCUUAACUGAACCCAAUACCAUCCUUCUCGUUCGAUCCAUGCUGUAGAUCAGUGCAUUUCAUUAUCUUGGCUUCAUUUUGCUCCUAGAAUGAUGGGGUGGGGAAAUAUUUAUAAAAGACGCGUGAAAGUUUUCUCGGUUGCUUUUUUAAUAUACCUGGAUUAUAAGGCUGUUCAGCAAAGAGAGAAAUGGACUAACAAAUCAAAAAGAGCUGCUUUAUGGGAAAAGGCUCAUGAGCGCAAUGCUAAGCGUGUUCUCAGUUUGAUAAUUGAGUUGGAAGGCUUAUGGGUGAAACUUGGGCAGUACUUAUCCACGCGUGCUGAUGUGCUUCCUCAAGCGUAUAUAACCCUUCUCAAGCAAUUACAAGACUCUCUUCCUCCUCGUCCUUUAAAAGAGGUUUGUCAGACUAUACAAAAAGAGUUUGGCAAGACCAUGGAUGUUCUCUUUGCAGAUUUUGUGGAAGAACCUUUGGCAACAGCAUCAAUUGCACAAGUACAUCGAGCAACAUUAAUCGAUGGGAGGGAGGUGGUGGUUAAAGUUCAGCAUGAUGGCAUUAAAGCAAUCAUAUUGGAGGACUUAAAGAAUGCAAAGUCGGUUGUUGACUGGAUAGCUUGGGCAGAACCCCAGUAUGACUUUAACCCAAUGAUAGAUGAAUGGUGCAAAGAAGCUCCAAAAGAGCUUGAUUUUAAUCAUGAAGCUGAGAAUACUAGAACUGUGUCUAGAAAUCUUGGCUGCAAAAAGUUACAUGAUGAGAACAAAUCUUCCAACGAAGUCAAUGUUUUGAUUCCAGAAGUUAUUCAGUCAACCGAAAGUGUACUCAUUUUAGAAUACAUGGAUGGAAUUCGUCUGAAUGACUCUGCAUCAUUGGAAGCUUUUGGUGUUGACAAACAAAAGAUUGUUGAAGAAAUCACUCGUGCAUAUGCCCACCAAAUAUAUGUUGAUGGAUUUUUCAAUGGUGAUCCUCAUCCUGGAAAUUUCCUUGUAAGCAAGGAAGCCCCUCAUCACCCAAUUUUACUGGAUUUUGGGCUUACAAAGAAACUAUCGAGCUCUGUGAAGCAAGCACUAGCAAAAAUGUUUUUGGCAUCGGCCGAGGGUGACCAUGUGGCUCUUUUGUCUGCCUUUUCAGAAAUGGGCCUCAAGCUGCGCCUUGAUGCACCUGAGCAGGCUAUGGAGAUAACAACUGUAUUCUUCCGUAGUUCAACACCAGCAAAUGAAGCUCAUCAAACCAUGAAAUCUUUGGCUGAGCAAAGAGACAGAAACAUGAAGAUUAUACAGGAAAAGAUGCAACUCAACCGAAAAGAAGUUAAACGCUUCAACCCAGUUGAUGCAUUUCCAGGUGAUAUUGUAAUCUUCACACGGGUUCUAAAUCUUCUGAGAGGGCUCUCAUCCACUAUGAAUGUCCACAUAGUAUAUCUAGAUAUCAUGAGACCAUUUGCUGAAUCUGUUCUACUAGGAAACAUUAAUAAGGGACCAGCAGCAAAUGCACAGUGGAUCUAUAACACGCCCGUCCAUUCCAAUGUAGAGGCCAAGCUGAGGCAGCUGUUAGUUGAGUUGGGAAAUAAUGAUAAAAUACUUGGGAUUCAGGUUUGUGCAUACAAAGAUGGGGAGGUUAUUAUUGACUCUGCUGCAGGAGUGCUUGGAAGAUAUGAUCCUCGCCCUGUUCAGCCUGAUACUCUUUUUUCUGUCUUUUCUGCAACGAAGGGUAUUACUGCAGGAAUGUUACACUGGCUGGUAGACAAUGGAAAAGUCAAACUUGAGGAAAAUAUUGCAAAUAUUUGGCCAGAAUUUAGAGGAAAUGGAAAAGAUCACAUAAAGGUACAUCAUGUGCUUAACCAUACAUCUGGUUUGCACAAUGCCUUGGCUGAACUUAGAGCAGAAAAUCCUUUGCUAAUGUCUGAGUGGGAUGAAUGCCUGAAUCUGAUUGCAGCAUCAGUACCUGAGACUGAACCUGGGAAGCAGCAGUUGUAUCAUUAUCUAUCUUAUGGUUGGCUAUGUGGUGGAAUAAUCGAGGUAUUUUUUCAUGCUCUCUCAUUGGAUUGUGUCACUGUAACUCAAUGUUUUUGA